CCGCCUUCCACGUGACCUCGCUCAGCAAAACAUCUGCCCCGCUUUCCUGAUUGGUUAAGCAACAUAGAUUGAAUUGCGCUUGCUCCGCUGGAAAUGGUAUAAGGUGGAAUUGAAAAGAAAUUCAUUUUGGGAGAAGACUGCUCAUGUAAGUCGAAGCUCAGUGCCCUCUGCCUUCCUCCUUAGACAGUACAUUGUAAAUGUAUUGUUUUAAGGUUCUGAAGACAAUGCAGAGACGACACAGCAGCCUCACAGACAACCCUCCUCCAGAAAGGAACCGUAACCAGAACUUGAGUUCUGAUGCUAAUACAGAAGAUGGAGUAUUCAAUGGACUGAAGCAAGAUGCUUCUUCAACUCAGAAUUUGUUUUCCAGUUUGGCAGGACUGCAGCCGGGUCCCAUUACCGUACAGUCUGGAUUAGUUCUGGGAUCUUCAUCUGGUGGGGGUGAAGUGUUCAUACAGAUGCCUCCACCACUGAGGGAGGAGACCAGCACACACUCAGAAUCAAGCCCCUUUACGCAUCAUCAUCACCAUCCUCACCACCGGCAGCAGCCACAGCCACCUCCACAUCACCAACAGCACCAUUUUCAGCACUCUCACUCCCGAUCCUCUCUGCUACAUGCAGCUACUUCAGAGCGGCACAGAGAAGAGAGCAAUGAGGAGCAUGGCACUCCUGCACCAGCCAUGUCUGAGCUCAGGGCCAUUAUCUUCUGGCUACAGAAGGGGCUUCCAUUUAUACUCAUUUUACUGGCUAAAGUCUGCUUUCAGCAUAAACUUGGGAUAGCAGUUUGCAUUGGAAUGGCCAGUACCUUUGCUUAUGCAAAUUCCUCUCUCAAACACCAAGUUUCACUAAAGGAAAAGCGUUCUGUGUUUGCAGCUAUGUGGAUUGUGAUGUUCCUGAUGGCCAACACACUUUAUCUUCUAUAUAGCAUUCAGUCUCAGCAGCUGCAGUACAGCUUUAUCUUUCUGAAACCUAACUUGGAAAAUUUGGAUUUCUUUGAGCUCAUGUGGAUUGUGGGCAUCUCAGACUUCGUUCUGAAGUACAUCACCGUGUCAGUGAAGUGUCUGGUGCUCGCUCUUCCAAGAAUCAUCCUAGCUGUUAAAUCAAAGGGCAAAUUCUACCUGCUGAUUGAAGAACUCAGCCAGCUGGUUCGCUCCCUAUUACCCAUCCAGCUGUGGUAUAAGUACAUUAUUGGGGAUGAUCCAUCAAACACAUACUUCUUGGGGAGCAUCCUGAUUAUCUUGUACAGCCUCUGUAAGUCUUUUGAUAUUUGUGGUCGAAUUGGAGGAUUAAGGAAAGCAGUGAAGCUUCUGUGCCACCCUCAGCAGAAGUAUGGUGUCCGUGCCUCCAGCCAGCAGUGUGCAGAAGCCGGUGAUAUGUGUGCCAUUUGCCAAGCAGAUUUCAAAGACCCAUUGAUUCUAAUUUGUCAGCAUGUGUUCUGCGAGGAAUGCCUAUGCCUUUGGUUUGACAGAGAGCGCACAUGUCCUCUAUGCCGUUCUGUUGCUGUUGAAACUUUCCGCUUAUGGAAGGAUGGUUCAACCUCAGCCCACUUACAGGUGUACUGACGGAGAAAGCUCUUAAGCUUCAUGAAAGAGUGCUCUUAACACAGUAUAUAUAGGAUACUUAGAAUGCGAUAAUAGCUCAGUUCCACAGUCUUUCUCAUCAGCUUUAAAUAUUACAUAUGGCAAGCAAAAAUGGCAAUCCGGGAUAAAACCGUUUCAUUUGCAUCAUUUCCUAAUAACCCUUAAAGAAAAAAUCUUUUUUUUUUCAGACUGUACCUUAUUGUUUACCGGUGACUGCUUUUACCCACUGAUUUUUAUAGUGUUUUGAAAUAAUUGUGGAUAUUAAAGGGCAAGGGUAAUAAACUCUGAAUCAAGGAACAGUAACGCCAAAAAAUUAAAAUGUACGGUUUCCCUGUACUGGUACAACUGACGUGUUUGCUUCAGAAACAUUACUGUAGUUUAUAAACA